GGAGGAGAAAGUAGGGUUCUGUAUAGGAGAAGGGAAACUAUGAGCGAAGGAUUGGCGAGGGAGUACGAGAUCGGGGCGGAGAUCGGCCGGGGGCGUUUUGGGGUGGUGCGGCGGUGCAGGUCGGCGGAGACGGGAGAGGAGUUUGCGGUGAAGUCGAUCGAGAAGCGUCUCCUCGCCGACGAGCUAGAUCGCGAGUGCGCCGAGCGGGAGGGGAAGCGCCACCGCCAGGCUGCAGCGGGAAACCCCUACGUCGUCCAGAUCCACGCCGCCUACGAGGACGGGGAGUGGGCGCACCUCGUUCUUGAUCUCCUCGAUGCGCCGGACCUUUGCGAUCGCAUCGCGGCCCGUGGAGGGACGCCGUUUUCUGAGCCGGAGGCUGCGGUGAUGGUGGGUCAUCUGGCGGAGGCCGUGGCGGAGUGCCACAGGAGGGGAGUGGCGCACCGCGACGUCAAGCCGGAUAACGUGCUCUUCGACGCGUCGGGGCGACUGAAGCUGGCCGACUUUGGGUCGGCGGAGUGUUUCGUGGACGCCGACGGGGACUGGGUGCCUAUGAGGGGGAUUGUGGGGACGCCGAUGUAUGUGGCGCCGGAGGUUAUUAGCGGAAGGGAGUACGGAGAGAAGGUGGAUGUUUGGAGUAUGGGCGUGGUGAUGUACAUGAUCCUGGCCGGAGGGGUACCGCCGUUCUACGGGGAGACUGCGGCUGAGACCUUCGAGGCGGUCGCGCGGGCCAAUCUGAGGUUCCCACCGAGGAUAUUCCGCUCGGUGUCCCCGGCGGCCAAAGAUCUUAUCCGUCGGAUGCUCUGCAAGGACGUCUCCAGAAGGUUCUCCGCCGAACAAGUCCUGAGGCAUCCCUGGAUCACUAGCGGAGGCAUGAGUCCAGUGGACGAACCAAGACGCGACCCUUCCCUCUCCAUGGAGAGGCGAGAAGGCAUUUUAAGCCUAUGCACAUAGCGACAUAGCGUUGCGCGCUGCAUACACCUCAAGCACUAACUACUGAGCACCCGAGAGCUGGAGGUGCGCCGCUUGAGAGAGAGACAUGGAGACGAGGUGCACAUCCCGUGUGUAAACAUGUAAAUCUUCACUACAUCCCUGUGUUCUGCCUUUACUCUUCCAUUUUUUUUUUUUUUUUAAACUUCCGGAGGCACUGUAUCUUCAAACGCUUGUUGCGUGUAUGACGAGGAUGAGAACUGAGGAUUUGCAUCCCUCUUGUCAAAAUUGCCUUUUUUAUUAUUAUUUUUUUAUUUUUUGCUUC